UUUUUUGGAUUUCUAUUAUUCAUAGCGUUUGAGUUUCUCUCUCCGAUUUUAUAGAUACAAUAACUCAUGCAGUCAUGCUAUGUUCCAAACCCCACCAACGCCAACUUAAUACGCAGACUCCUCACCUCUCCUGUUUCUUGCUAAGCUUUUUCUUUUUUUCUUUUUAAUACCAAUUAAAUCAUAAUUUUAACUUCAGAUCCGCCCUUCCUUUCCAUUCCUUUUCUGCUCAAUUUAUUCAGUGCAUAAAAAAGAUUUUGGAGCAAGCUUGUCUUCUUUCAAAGUGGAGGGCAGCAAUUAUAACAGGUGCUGAAAGAGUAUUGAGUUUUUUUUUGGAGAUAGAAUGAAGAAAGCCUUCGAUCAAACUGUUAGAGAUCUUAAGAGAGGAGUUAACAAGAAAGUGCUUAAAAUUCCUGGAAUUGAACAGAAGGUUCUUGAUGCUACUAGCAACGAGCCUUGGGGUCCGCAUGGAACACUUCUUGCAGAUAUUGCACAGGCUACCAGGAACUACCAUGAAUACCAAAUGAUUAUGGCAGUUAUUUGGAAGCGGAUUAAUGACACUGGAAAGAAUUGGCGGCAUGUGUACAAGGCUUUGACAGUUUUGGAAUAUCUAGUAGCCCAUGGGUCAGAGCGUGUCAUAGAUGAUAUCAGGGAACACGCAUAUCAAAUAUCGGCAUUGUCCGAUUUCCAAUAUAUUGAUUCCAGUGGAAGGGAUCAAGGUAACAAUGUCAGAAGGAAAUCUCAGAGCCUUGUGGCCCUAGUAAAUGAUAAAGAGAGGAUAAUAGAAGUUAGGCAGAAGGCUGCUGCUAACAGAGACAAAUUUCGCAACCCAUCAGCAGGUGGAAUGUAUCGACCAGGAGGAUAUGGUGAGAAAUAUGAUUAUGAUCGUUAUGAAGGCCGCCAUGGAAGCAGGGAUGAUGAUUAUAGUUAUGGGAGAGAGAGAGAUUAUGGGCAUAAAGAUGAUGAUCGGUAUGGCAGAGAUUAUGAAGAUCGAUAUGGCAGAGAUGUGUACAGAGAUGAUGAUUACCGCGGAAGGAGUAGAAGCGUUGACCAUUACCAAGAUGGCUCAAGCAGGAGCUCUGAUAGAAACUGUGACGAUGAUGGUCAAUCAACAAGUCGGCAACUUGAGCGGAAAUUUUCUGAACAAAAUAUUGGUGCUCCUCCUAGUUAUGAAGAAGCAUUAAGUGAAUCACGAAGUCCUGCUCGCAGUGAUAGGGAUGGAGAAAAUACAGCAGCAUCUGUUCCUAAAGCUUCUUCUCUGGCUGCUCCUGCAACUUCUUCUCCGCCUGCGGCUUCUGGAGCAUUUUCUCCACCCGUUCAUCCUGCAGCUUCUCCUCCACCUGCAAGCCAUAAUCCAACUCAAGGAGCUAACUCGUUCAACAAUUCUACAUCUGGGAACGAGGAAGUUUUGACUUCUGAUGAAUUUGAUCCACGUAAUUCAUUUUCAGCUACCCCUACUGUUGCAAGCACUCCUGCCCCUACUACCUCAAAUAAUGUUGAAAUGGACCUGCUUGGCUCUUUGUCAGACUCUUUUUCUUCAAAUACAUUGGCCAUUAUGCCACCCAUGCCUGCAACUCCCAGUAAUGAAGCUGAUGCACAUGCUAAUGCUAGUUCAAUACAAACAUUUGCUGCAACUCAGUCACCAUCCAACAUGAUGAAUCAGUCAUUUGAUGAUCCAUUUGGGGAGUCUCCUUUUAAAGCUAUCCCUUCUACAGAGUCUGCCACAGUUCAACAACUGACUUCAGCAUCAACAGCUUCUUUCCAUUCAACUCAAAAUGCCGAAAUGCCCCAGCCAGCAGCCCCCAAUAUGGAGUCGGUCCCCAAUUUUGUGGAUCCCUUAUACAGCAUUUCAUACUCAUCAAAUGAUUCCAAUAGUCAACCUCCCUCAGUGAACUCUCAGUUUUUGCCUCAAGAACUGUUGAUGUCGCAGCCGGAGACUGAUAUUCUUGCAGACAUCCUUCCUCCAUCAGGACCUUCAGCAUCUGUAGCAUCACAGGUAGCCUUUUCACCUCCAACUGGCCAACCUGCACCAACCCCUAAUAUUUAUAGGAGCCAGUCUGCACAACAAACGGCUAAUAUGUAUGGGAGCCAGUCUGCACAGCCAACUGCUAAUAUGCAUGGGAACCAGCCUGCACAGCCAACUGCCAAUAUGUAUGGGAACCAACUUGUACAUCCAACCACUAACAUGUAUGGGAGCUUUCAUCAACAGCCAGGAUCUUUGACUCCACAGCAAGGACUGACUGGUCAUGUAGGUCCAAACUUAGCCCCUCAAUCCCUAUCUGGUGCAGUUGCACAGUUUAGCAGUGGGACCUUUGCACCGCAAGGCACUUCUUCUGCCCAUGUUGCUUCAAACUUGUCUCCUCAAACUUCAACUGGACCAGCUGCACAGUUUAACAGUGGAAACUUGAUACCAUAUCAGAGUUCUGCAGUUCCUUCUACUCCACAAAUUUCUCAACAGAAUCCACCUGCACAGCAGAACAGCACUUUAUUGAAUGACCUUCCUCAAGCAGGACAAAACCCUACAAUAGCUUCACAACCAUCUCUUUCAUCUUCAACGGGAGCGCUUGCUUUAGUACCGCCAUCUCAACCAUCCAAGGAAAAGUUUGAGCUGAAGUCAACAGUUUGGGCCGACACUCUUAGUAGAGGGCUAGUCAAUUUGAAUAUAUCUGGAUCUAAGACAAAUCCUACUGCAGACAUUGGAAUUGAUUUUGAUGCCAUUAACAGGAAAGAAAAGAGGUUGGAAAAGAAACCUCCACAAGCUCAGGUGACAUCUACUGUUACCAUGGGUAAAGCUAUGGGAUCUGGUUCUGGGUUAGGCCGUACUGGAGCUGGUGCUCUACGGCCACCGUCAAAUCCUAUGAUGGGUUCUGGCAUGGGAAUGGGCAUGGGUGGUGGCCCUGGUAUGGGUAUGGGCCGUGGUCAGAUUAUGGGAAUGGGCAUGGCUGGUGGCCAGGGUAUUGGCAUGGGCAUGGGCAUGGGCAUGGGCAUGGGCAUGGGUAUGGGUAUGGGUAUGGGUGGUGGUUCAGGAAUGAGCAUGGGAAGCUAUGGAGGCAUGAACCAACCAAUGGGAAUGGGAGUGGGAAUGGGUAUGGGAAUGAACAAUGGCAUGAAUAUGGGAAUUGGGCAAGGAGUCCAGAUGCAACCACAAAUUGGGAUGCCUCCUGGCACAACAAUGCCCAGUGAUUAUCGGCCCAUGAUGGGUACAGGAGGGUAUACUCAACAACCAUACAGUGGUGGCUAUUAAUGAGACAAAGCAACCUCCCUAUGCAGAAGUGAGGACGGUACAUACAUGUUUGAUUACGAGGUAAAAAUGUUUGGCAUAGCAAAAUCUAGUUUUAUCAAUCAUUUGAUUAUGAAGAACUUCUAGUUACAUAUAUAUGGCUUUGAGAGCUGUAUUUUCGUUAUCAACGUUUGUAAUUUUCUGGGUGGCCUGAUAUCAUUUUCGUCAUUUAUCGCCUUUUGCUUCAUUCCUUUCAGGCCAUGGUAGGCGUUUUGGUAAAUUUGCUCUCUUCAGCUGUUGUGAAGUUGUGUACCAAUGAGGAAAACCUUUUGUAGUAGGCUAUCUCUUUUGAUUCCUUACAUUCUUUGUGAUUUUGGAAAAAAAAUUACAGUAUGUGUUUACUUACUAAAACAAUAAAUUUCAUAUUUCAUUUUUCA